AUGUUGCAUAAAAUUGUAGACGAUUAUUUUGGAAAAGAACCAGACACUUUGGUUGUAUACGGUGCUGGGUUCGACUUAAUGAACAAAGGAACCUUCAAGGGUCACAGGAAGUUUAGACAUAAUGAUGUACUUAAUAUUAUAAAACGAAGAAAGAAUUUGUCAGUGUUUGUGAUUAAUGAAGCAUUUACUACUAAAAAUUGUAGUUAUUGUCACGAUCGAGAAUCUGUUCAGAGAAAAUUAAGUGUAUCAAAGUCUCCACACCGUUACGUAUACUGCAGUGUAUGCCGUAAAGGUAUUCAUAGAGACAAAAAUGGUGCAAAAAAUAUUUUGUUAAAAUUCGAAAAGAAUAAUAAUAAUAAGUUGCCGAUUCGUCCUUCGUCGGUCGGUACUGAUAUGAAUGUUAUGGGUGGAGGAAGCUUAUAA